AUGGACACCCUGAAAAAAAGCGAAAUGGCUGACAUUUUGCUUCAAAGGCUCAAUGAUCCGUCUCUACUGGUGAUGUCUGGGAUAGUUAAUGGAGAAGAAAGAAUGGAUGCUGCUGGCAAAACAUUUCCCGUGAUCGAACCAUCCAGUGGAAAGGUCCUCAACUGGUGUACAGACCUAUCCAAGAAGGACUUGAUCGACGCUCUCGAUAGUGCUCAAGUGGGAUCUGCAAAGCUGUUUGAAAGUACGACUGCCAAACAGAGAGGACUUAUACUGAAGGAAUUCUGUCGGUUGAUUCUCUUGAAUGCAGAUGACUUAACAACAAUCCUCUCUCUAGAGAAUGGAAAAACUCUUUCAGAGGCAAAAGGGGAGAUUGAUUAUGCGGCAUCUUUUGUAUCAUGGUUUGCCGAGGAGGCCCCUCGAGCCUAUGGAGAUGUGAUCCCAUCGUCAUACAGCAACACAGAGGUUUUCACCUUUAAGGAACCUGUGGGCGUGUGUGGUAUUAUCACGCCGUGGAAUUUCCCAGCAGCAAUGAUCACGAGGAAAAUCGCACCCGCUCUAGCGGCAGGAUGCUCUGUUGUUAUCAAGCCACCGCGUGAAACUCCGUUUUCAGCCCUCGCUUUAUGCAAAUUGGCUAUCACAGCUGGUGUUCCGCCAAAUUGUAUUCAUGUAAUCCCAACGACUAGUCAUGAGGUCGCAUCGGAGUUGGCGAUUAAUGAGAAGGUUCAGAAGCUGAGCUUUACUGGGUCCACAGGAGUCGGAAAGAUGCUGACACGUCUCGCCGCCGACACUAUGAAACGUGUUAGCAUGGAGCUUGGUGGAAAUGCACCAUUCAUCGUCUUUGAAGAUGCUGACAUAGCGAAAGCUGUUGCUGGCGCAAUGAUCUGUAAAUUCAGAUCAUCUGGUCAAACUUGUGUGUGCGCAAAUCGGAUUCUGGUUCACCGAAAUGUGAAAGACCGCUUCAUUGAAUCGCUGGUGAAAGAAGUCGAGGCCCUCAAGCUAGGCAGAGGAGUCGAUCCUGAGACCACACAAGGUCCCUUGGUCAACGCCGCAGCAGUGAAGAAGGUCGAAUCUCAUGUACAAGACGCUUUAAGCAAGGGUGGAGUUCUCCACACCGGAGGAAAAGCGCCUACUCACUUAGACGGCUUUUUCUACGAACCAACCAUUAUAAGUGAAGUAACACUUGCCAUGGAGGUCGCGUAUGAUGAAACCUUUGGGCCGCUGGCGGCGAUAUUCACGUUUGACAGCGAUGAAGAGGCUUUACAACUGGCAAAUUCCACCAAAUAUGGCCUAGCCGGUUAUUUCUUCAGUGAGAAUAUUGGACGCGUGAUGUCGGUGGCAAGGAAACUACAGUGUGGCAUGGUGGGCGUUAACACAGGGCUAAUCAGCGCCGCCGAGUCGCCUUUUGGAGGUGUCAAGGAGAGUGGGCUAGGCAGAGAAGGAAGUAAAUAUGGCUUGCACGAGUAUCAAAACAUCAAAUGUGUCACAAUUGGGAAUUUGCAAACCUAG